AUGAGUGUGAUUCCACCCACCAAAAGUGCGAAGCGCUCCUCCCUGCUCUACUCCUUGUCCAAGGGUGUUGUCUUACUCGAUCAAGUUACCUUCAGCGGUCCUAUUGAUGCUUCUGAGUUCUUGCCAGGCCUUAGUGACAGCCGGAUUGACGACUUAAGCGGUACUGAAAAGAUUAUGCAGAGCAAGCAGAAAGCGCCUGGACAGACCGGCGAACAAAGGGAGGACUGCGCACAGGCCCAUGAAAUGGUCGUCCUUCUCACAUUGAUCUAA